AUGGAGGUCGCCAAUAACUUCACUCAAUCGCAAGUAGACGAAAAGACUGUUGGACUCACGGACAAUACCCAUGACAAACAGGGCUAUAGUCAUCAAGAAGAUGUAGGAUCUGGUGGCUAUGCGGAUGAGUCGGGUGAGUCGGGUGAGCAUGGGUCUGAGUCUCCUAUGACUUUCCGCCGCUUUAUGGGCUUUACGGCCAUGGCCUUCUUAUGGACUGGAAGUCAGAUUCCUGUCUAUCUGUUUGGAGGAAUUCCGCCCUAUAUCUAUGGAGAUAUAGGUGGAUCAGAUCGAUGGGUUUGGUUUGUGUGUGCCCAUGUCUUCCCAUAUUCUAUGAAACAGUUGAGCUUACAAUUCUCUGAUGUUUUGCAGGUCCUAGCUAACCUCCUCGCCCUUGCCGGUGUCUGUCCAUUUGUUGGAUCCCUUUCCGAUCUGAUAGGCCGUCGCUAUGUUGCCCUAAUUGGAGUCUCGCUCAUUUGUAUCGGGAUGAUUGUGAGCAGCACAGCGCACACGAUGAAUACAUUCAUUGGUGGAAUGGCCAUUGCAGGUGCAGGUGCGGGCGUCAACGAGUUGACCGCAUUGGCUGCAACGUCUGAAAUGGCGCCUACCAGACAGCGAGGCACGUAUGUCGCCGUUUUGAUCUUCACUAUAGUGCCGUUCUGCCCAUCUGUAUUAUGGGCUCAGCUUAUAGCAGCCCAUAGCGGUUGGCGAUACGUUGGGGCAUUCUGUGGUGCCUGGAAUGGUUUCGGGUUGUUGAUCACGGCAUUAUUUUAUUAUCCGCCACCAAGAAUUAAUUCGGAGGGAUUGUCUCCUAAAGAGGUUAUAUCUCGGGUUGACUAUGUCGGUGGCUUCCUCAGCAUUGUAGGACUAAUCCUGUUCAUGGCUGGGAUGCAAUGGGGCGGUUAUCAGUACCCCUGGUCAUCGGCGCAUGUCCUCGCACCACUUAUCCUCGGACUCGCUUUCCUAGUUAUUUUCGGAAUUUGGGAAGUCUACGGCGCAAAGUACCCUAUCUUCCCCAGUCGCUUAAAGCAAGAACCUCGUAUCCUGGGUCUAACCCUAGUUAUCACCUUCAUCUCCGGUGCAAACUUUUUCUCUGUGAUCAUGUUCUGGCCCACCCAGUCAUUCAACGUAUACGGACAUGACCCAGUUGAAGUCGGUGUCAGAAGCUUACCCGUCGGAUUCGGCAUCAUGGGCGGUGCCUGCAUCACAUUGUGGCUACUGAGUCUCCUAAAAGGCCACAAUAAAGAAUUAUUGAUCAUCAGCAGUGUCCUCAUGACCGCUGGUUGCGGCGCAAUCGCAAUUGCCCGUCCCGACAACCUGCACCAACUAUGGGGCCUCCUCACCCUCGCCGGUAUAGGUAUCGGCGGAAUCGUAGUUCCAGCCUCCAUCAUGACAACCAUCAUCUGUCCAGAUGACCUAAUUGCGACUAUCUCCGCCCUAACCCUCUCCAUCCGCGUAGUCGGCGGCAGCAUCGGCUACACGAUCUACUACAACGUCUUCAUAUCCAAAUUCGUCCCAAAUGCCGAACACUACAUCGGCGGUGUCAUGCUCACACAGCUCAACAUCACGAAUACUACCUACAUCGCCGAAGCAAUCGAGCUCACUGGUGCCUCGCUACUAGAUGAACUGCGGAAUAUUCCUGGAAUCGCAGGAAAUGAAACCGCGUAUCAGGCUGUUGUGGCGGCAGGCCAGCUGGCCUAUUCGGAGAGCUAUAAGUGGGUAUAUUAUGCUAGUAUUGCGUUUGGUGGCGUUUCGAUUUUGGCGUCGUGUUUCUUGGGAAAUAUUGGGGAUUACAUGGAUGAUCAUGUGGCUGUGGUCAUUUAG